GGGCCCCCAGAAAGCCCCGGAGGGAGCGCGCGUGCGCCGCUGCGCCGCUGCGUCGGUCAGUGUACGGGGAACGCUUCGGGGAGCACGUCCCGAGUCGGCUCGUUCGCGAGGAGGCACCAUGUUCCUCACCGCUGUCCUCCUCCGCGGCCGCAUUCCGGGCAGGCAGUGGAUCGGGAAGCACCGGCGGCCGCGGACCGUGUCUUUCCAAGCGAAGGAGAACAUGAUCCGUCGCCUGGAGGUGGAGGCCGAGAACCACUACUGGCUGAGCAUGCCCUACAUGACAGCGGAGCAGGAGUACGGCCACGCUGCGGAGCGAAGGGCCCAGGCUUUUGAAGCCAUCAAGGCAGCAGCCACUUCCAAGUUCCCUAAACAUAGAUACAUUGCAGACCAGCUAGACCAUCUCAACAUCUCGAAGAAAUGGUCCUAACCCGGAAUCAUCACCCUUCAACCUUAGAUACCAGACUGCUCUGUCCUUACGUGGUUCUGGAGCUGAGAAAAUGUAAUUUAUGUACCAGUGUGACCCUCUUCGACCAGUAUCGUAUUAAAGCAAACAUGAUUAAUA